UUAUUAAUAUUACUUUGGAACUUUUAACAGCAUUAGCAAUGGGUGACGACGAGUUAAUUGAAUAUUCUGAAUGUUGAUAUAAUAUUUGUAUUCGAAAAUUAUUGCACUGGAAUAUUUUGGAAAUUGUAGAAGUAAUUUUUUGGUUUUAUUAUUAUUGUGUAUAUCAAAUACUAUGUAGUGCGAGCAAAGACAGUGAUAACAGCAACAACCAUAUUAAAGUUUAUUAACCAAGAUAAUAAAUUGCAAAAUAGACAAUAAUUGCCAAUAUCAAAAAAGAAUUUUCAAAAAUGAACACUGUAAUAUGAUUCAUAUGGCGAGUCGACUUCCAAAUACCGAUGCGAUAUUGCCAUCGGAACAAACAGCUCCUUUGAUGACACCAAGAUCAAUUCCCUACAUACCAGGUAUCGAAUUGCCGCCUGCUCAUGCAGAAGAAAUCAUCCGAAAUCAUGAAUUUGCAAAAGCGCGUGAAGCUUUUCAACGUCCACCAGAAUGGCUUGACGCCAAAAGGCAUGCCCAAAUGCAGAAGAUGCCAUUAGACAUUCAAAAAAGAGAAUGGCUGGCAAGAGCAGAGCAGCGUGAGCAGGAAUAUAAUAAUCGGAAACAUAUGGAACAAGAUGCUUAUUACAGAGCUAACCAAGAGUAUGUACGUUUAAUGACUGAUGAUCAAAAUCGACAAUCAUUUCGUGAAAAACAAAGACUAACUGAAGAUCUGGAAAAACAAAAACGUUUGCUCAUUGAAGAUUUGGCACGUGAUCAACAGCUAAGGCAGGACAAAUACAAAAGAGACCAUGAUGCUGCUAUGGUGAAUGAUAUACGAACAAUGCAAUAUGUGAAUAAAAAGCCAUUUAGAAAUGAAUUUUUAAAUGUAAGAGGAAGACCAGAGCACGCCGUUAUGCACCCAUUUCCUCCCAAACAUCACCCUUAUAAUUCACGAAUCGAAGGAAGAGUUGAUCAACGAUUAAGCUCACCUCAUGAUAUUUAUAACCUAUCAAGGAUAUCAGACGUAAUAAUGCCAAAUAAGGCAAUGGUUAUGGCCAUGAAGGAACAAAGUGCUGCCGAGUUUAAUAUGAAACAAUGUAAGCAUUCAGAUCUACCACCCGGACAACGCUCCUUGAUACCAAUAAUACAGGAAAAAGAAAAAAAAAUCAAGGAAAUGGAGAAUCGAAUUUUGGAAUAUACUCGAGAGUCACGGGAUAGAAGAAGUAAAGAUACACUUAGUAUCAUGGAUGAUCAGCGAGCUAAAAAAAGUAGGGACGUUGCUGUUACUCUUAAAAGUUCGACUACGUUACAAAAAGAGAACAUGCAGAGGGAUAUUCCGUCUCCAGAUCUCAUAAUUGAUGUAACCAACGAUGACAGUGCGCAACAGCCUGCAGCGCCACCUUUGCUUUCUGUUGCAAACGAGGAAAAACCUGCCAAAAAUACCGUUGAAAAUGAAAACAAAUUUUCCGCUGAAGGAAAAAGUGUUAAUUUAAAAACAGAAGAUGAAGUUGAACUUAUAACAGAAAGUCCUGCUACAGUGAAAGAAAAAACAAUCGAGAACAAUAAUACCGAAAUGGAAGAAGAAAGUAUUUAUUCAGAUUCAGGUCAACAUGUGCCAGCUACACAAGUUAAAAAUUCCCCAACCAAAAAAGAAGAAUCAGAAAUUACAACUGAUGCCAUGGAUAGCACAGCAAUAUGCCAUGAAGAAAGAAUAGGCAGUAAAGAAGGAAAUCAUAAUGCUAACACUACUUGUAGCGAUACAGAAACAGUAGAUCAUAAUAUGAAUAUCAAAAGUCAAAGAAAAAAGCAAAAGCAAAAAAACGCUAACAAAAAAUCAGAAGUUAGUACAGACUUUAAGGCAAGUCAAAAUAGAUUGGCAUUAGAUUUACCGAAUCAUAACUGGCUUGUAGAACGCUUGAAGCAACAAAAUAAGUUAGUUGAAAGAGAUGUGUCAGCUUCCAAUCUUAACAAAAAUCAACCUAAAGACACAAAAGAUGAAAUCAGAAAUACUUCUGAUGUAAAACAAAGAAAAUAUUCCCUACCUUCAGAAAAACCAUCAUCACCAUCAUUACUAAACCAGAAAGAGGAGCAAUCCAAAGACGAUGACAUAUGCACAUCGCCGUUGCCUAAGGAAAUCUCAGAAAAGACUCAAGAAAAUCAGGAAAAACAAGCGAAAAGCGAGUUACUAUCCCAGGACGCCCCGGUGGUGUCUCUUUCUACGACCAUGAUGAAAUCACAAUUAACAGCACAAAAUACCGAAAGGAAACAGGGGAAUUUGGCGAUAGAAAAACCCAAACAAUGGUUACAUCAAAAGAAAGAAGAACAACAAAAGGAGCAACAACAAAAAGAGGUCUAUCAACAACAUAAACAUUCAGAGCAGGAAACAAAACAACAAGUUAAAAUAGAACAACAGCAACUUCAAUCACAACAGGAGCUCCAAGAACCGCCACAAAUGUCGCCGCAACAACACAAACAACAACACCAAAACCAACACCACCAGAAACAAAAAAAUCAUCAACAACAACAACAACAACAACAACAACAACAAAAACAACAACAAGCACAAAAACAGCCGUUACGUCAACAGCAACUGCAACAGCAACUAGAAUAUGGAGUUCAGAAACAAAUUUACAUUCAGCCACACAAAUUGACAGAGAAAGCAGUGCAAAAUCCAUCACAGGAGGAAAAAGAAGUGCAAUCACAGAUAACAACACCGCCUCCGCCAUUGAGCCAAAAUAUUGCUGAAAACAAAAGAAACCCUAUUGUAACUGCGUCUGGUAUAAACGAAAUAAAAAUCCUGUCAGUUAUGUCUCUUAGCGAAGCUGGACAUAUGAGCGAUAAAAAAGUAUAUGUUAAGGAUUCUAAUGCUAACAUUGUAAACGUUUCUUUACAAAACGAGGGCAAAACAUCAGCUGUGAAAAAUAUUGACGACGUGAAAGUUGAAAGUUUUUGUAACAGAAGCAACGAUAUCAAUACCAAUAAUGCUAAAUCAAAAAUGGAAAAUGACAGUACAAUUCGUAGACCGAACGAAAUUAAUGACAUAAACGAAAAAGAGGACAAAAUGAGAAGAAGAAAUGUUGAAAUCGAAAACAACAGUUCAAAAGAUUUAUCGCAUUCUAAGCUGCUGCUAAGGAUGUUAGAUCCCAAGUCUUCAAAUCCCCAAUUAAGUAGCCCAAAUAGAAUUAAUCCUCCUGAAGUCGGACACAAAAUGCAACAUGUUCUGCCAAAAACUUCAUUAGCAACAUCACUUCCACCGGCACUUUUAGCCAAAAAACUAAAUAAUCAUGAAAAGGUAGUAGUUGAAGACACUAUUGCUGCGUCAGUGAAAAUUCAACAUAAGCACCCUUCGCGUCCAACAGUCUAUCGUGGUGAACCCCCAGCGUUGACAUCAUCAAUAUUGCCAGUACAGGAGGGAUCUCAACGUCAUUCUCACAUUCAUACUGCUUCUGCUCCUUUAGAAAGAACAUAUGUACAAUACCCUGAACGAUCGCCAGGUGUACAAAGAGCUCGUUCUGAAGAUAGUGCACAACAAUCACCAUAUCAAGUGUUACCAUCUAACCUUGUAGUGAUGACACGAAAAGAGUCAGAUAGUCAACCGUUUACGUAUCCGCAACAAUAUCCGUAUCCUCAUCCUACCGUUAGUCAAAUUCCUUACAGUAAAUAUUUAGUAGAAGAGCGCUAUAAUAGAAAGAGACCAAUAGAAGAAGAGCAAAACAGAGCCAUAUUAGAAAUGGAAAGGGUGAAUCGAAUGCGACAACUAAGUGAUAUGCAAAAACGUGCGAGCGAAGAUAGAAGAUAUCUGAGGUCUGCACCUCCUCUAGAAAUUUCGCAAAUUCCCAAGGACGAAAUACGAAUAUCUGGAGAUAUUGCCAACAGGGAAUACAAUUCUUUAUCUCGAAAUAUUGAAAGUCGUUCUUAUAAAAUUAAUGAACCUUUACAUCCCUCACCUGUACGAGUGAAAAUGAAUGACUUACUCGAAACACAAACCCAUUAUGCACGUGCACGUUACUCGCCUUCUUCUUAUGUUCAUACAAACACUGACGAAAGGCUCCCUGAUAAUCGCAUCCAUCCAUACCACAGACGCCUGCCACCAGAAGCAGAGACAGUAGGGAGUGCUGAUGCGAUAUAUGAGAAUGGAUUAAAGCUGAGUCCCAGAGAACUGUUACGUGAAAAUCCUUUAUACAGUAAGCAGAUGCGUGAAAGAGAAAUACAUUUGAUACAAGAAGCUAGAAAGCGGGAAGAAAUACAACGUAUAGAAAAAUUAAACCAGUAUCCGGGACAUGCUUUUCGUGAUCCGAAAACAACGAUAGUUGAUGAUGCAAGGGUUCCAUUAAACGAACGAAUACGUACAGUAGAUGAUCUACGGGUGUUACAACUGGGAUUUCCCUUGGGACAUACUGUAAGACAACCCAACAGGCAAGUAGUAAGGGACGAUAGACUGACAGAAAGGGAAAAACUAGCUCUAAGAGAAGCAGAAAUAAACAAUACACAAUCCUUACGGCCAGAUACUAUUGUACCUCGGCCUGGAACGCACGAAAUAUUCCUGGAACAGGCACAGCGUGAGAGAACCGCCCUUGGUAAGCCAUCUCCUUUAUCCAUACCGAAUGGAAUACCAAGACUGACAAAGGAACAACUGUUGGCCAUACGAAGGCAUGAAGAAGAAGAACGGUUAAGGUUUCGUGCGCAUCCGGUUGUGGGUAGAAUACCAUUACAAGAACCUAGGGAACCAAUGCUAAUACCAACACAUAAAGAGAUGCCACACAGUCAUAUAGACGCGACUGUACCACGAUUUUACAGUCACAAAAUUCCACGUACUAGAAACGGUUCAUUGGACUUUGGACGAUCAAAACCUGUAGAUUACAGUUUUCUGGAUUAUUCCGCAAGUAUUAGAGAACGCGAAGGACUGCCAACACACGAAGAGAUAAGUUUGAAGCGGGCAAGCAGUACUAAUCCACCUGAGCCAUUAAAUAAAUUUUCAAGGCGUUCUCCACCGCAGACGUACGUUUCUGCUGAAUUAUACAAAAGACUUUCUCAAGAUGAAAUUAAUCAAAAAGAAAAAACAGAACAACUUAACGACAGGCACAAAACGCAAGAGGACACUGAAAAGAGACAUUGCAAAAUAUGCAGCAAAGACGCCCAGUACUUGUGUUCUGGAUGUCGAAAAGCAUGGUACUGUAGUCAAAAAUGUCAGCUCAGCGAAUGGCGAUCUCACAGCAGAACCUGUGCAGGAGAAAUUUAAAAAACUUUUUCAAAACAUAAGUUUUAUAGUUUUUGAUUGUUCUAUUUCAAAUUUAGAUAAAUUUCUUAGAUUUUAUAGUUAAACGAGAGAUACUCUUCUCCCGAAUGUAUUUUAAAAACUUUGUUUACAAAUGCUAUGCAUCUAAAGCAUUAUUUUUUAGCGUCAAUUUUAGCGAGUUACUUAGAAAAUACACUCCGUAGUUUUCCUAAAAUAAUAUUUAAGAAGAAUAAUUCCAGGAAAGGCACAUAGCUUGCCAAAAAAUUGUGCCUAUUGUAAAUUUUAUCCAUAUUUUUUGUCGUGAUACUUUUGAAAUAUAAUUUCAAACAAAUGUGAUAUAAACUGACUGUAAAUAUUUGUAAAUUAUUAUUCGAAAUCAUUUCAUUCGUACGAACUUUUUUUUUUAUUUAUUUUACGACGUAAGGAUAUUUUUCUCAGGAAAAAAAUCUUAUUCUACAACGAAAUAUUUUGUUGUUGAUAAUACACAUUUUCUUAAAAAACUUUAAAAUGAGGUAAUUCCAUAACGUCAAUACCCAACCUCCUGAAAAUAAGUUUAUUGGGAUACCUCAUGUACAA